AUCGUAUGUUUGGGCACAGAAUUAUCAACACCGUAGACGGACUUCGUCCAGUGCCCGGUUCGGAUCGAUAUAAAAGCAACUGAUUCUACCACAUCCCGGUAUCAGUUCCAUUUUCUCCUUCGCACAUCGUAGAUCGUGGCACAUACCUUCCGGGAAUCGUCCUAGCUGAGACAUCAAGAUGAAAGUGUUUAUUGCCGUAUUUGCUCUGAUUGCAGUGGCUGCUGCCGAGUUCACCGUGUCCACCACGGAGGAUUUGCAACGCUACCGUACGGAGUGCGUCUCUUCGCUGAACAUUCCCGCCGAUUACGUGGAGAAGUUCAAGAAGUGGGAGUUCCCCGAAGAUGACACCACCAUGUGCUACAUCAAGUGCGUGUUCAACAAGAUGCAGCUGUUCGACGACACCGAGGGCCCACUGGUUGACAACCUAGUUCACCAGUUGGCUCAUGGCCGUGACGCAGAGGAAGUUCGCACCGAAGUGCUGAAGUGCGUUGACAAGAACACCGAUAACAACGCUUGCCACUGGGCCUUCCGUGGAUUCAAGUGCUUCCAGAAGAACAACCUGUCGCUGAUCAAGGCUAGCAUCAAGAAGGACUGAAAAGACUGAGUAGUUGUUGAUAUUGUGUAACUAGGAGUGUUAAAUUGAACAACAGGAGAGAUAUUCGCGGAAGAGGAAUUUUUGGAAUAAAUUGAUUUUGUUGGUGGCUUAUUGAAAGUUA